CCGCCAAAGCUUACUCUUGCGGUCUUGCCCCAACCUGAAACCGCCAAAAAAUUCCAUCGCAAGAACACAGCUAUCUGCUAAAAUGAUACCUUCCCUCCAAAAAUUCAUUACACACAAACGCUCAAAACGGAUCCCAAUUCUUUUUAUUCUUCAUUCCCUCCAUCCUGCGGGAAAAAAAAAAACAAACUUGAACUAUGGCUUCCCCAAAUCACCUUCUCUUCUUCCUUUCCGUCAUCUUCCUCACUCUCUGCAACAUCUUCGAAGCUCAACCCUUCAAUGGCUCCUUUACUUGCUCCACCGCUUCUCCGAUUCGCAGCUGCGAUUCCUAUCUAUACCAUCCUUCUCCUCCUCCUUCGAGAGGAUUCAAUUCCACGGACUUGAUAAACCAGGUUGCUUCCAUCUACUCUGUGAGCAACGACGACGUGGAACCCAUCACCCACGGCGGCGGCGGCAAACAACAAGGGUAUCUCGUCUCCGUCCCGUGCUUCUGUAGAGAGAACCAGAGCUACCCACAUGGCGGAUACUACUCCUAUGACACGGUUUACACCCUACGGCCAGGUGAUACACUCGGAAAUUCCUCAAACAUGGUUUCUGCAAAUGGAGAACCGAUUAAUGCCGGGGAUAUGAUCGGAAUCGCGCUCCUGUGCGGCUGCUCCGGGGACCAAGCCGUCGACAUUGUGACCUAUUCAGUUCAGAAAAACGACACAUUGGGGGGAAUUGCUGAGCUUUUGUCUGCAAAAGUAGAGGAGAUUGUGAGUUUAAACGAAGGGUUGAGUCAGCAGGCCUUGAGUUUGAUAGAUGAGGGAAAGGUGCUUUUUGUUCCCAGAAAGAAGCAGAGAAGAAGAAUGAAGCCAGGUCGCAAAAACCGCGUUGGGUUGAGCUUGGGAGUGUUGUCUGGAAUCAGCUUACUGUUGGUGAGCUCAUUGGGUUUCACCAUUCUGAAAAGAAGAAGAAUUGGUGGAGAGAAGCAAGAAGGAGCUCCGGGCAAGGAUGUGGAAGCAUGCAGAAGCACUUCAACAUUGUCGUUGCUGUCUUACUUCCAAAAGCAUGAUUUUGAAGAAGCGACAUUAGAAUCUGAGAAGCCUAGAGUAUACACCUUGAAGGAGAUCGAUAAGGCAACAAAUGGGUUUGAAGAGAGCAGGAUCAUUGGUGAAGGUGGCUAUGGAAGGGUGUAUUAUGGUCUUUUGAGAGGAAAGGAAGUUGCAAUCAAGCGGAUGAAAUCUAACAGAUUAAGCGAGUUCUUUGCAGAGCUGAAGGCGUUAUGCAAGGUCAAUCACAUCAAUGUGGUGGAGCUACUGGGAUAUGCAAGUGAAGAGGAAUUUAUGUACUUAGUGUAUGAGUAUCUCCCCAAUGGGUCACUCAACAACCAUCUCCAUGAUCCUCUAAGGAAGGGUCACGCAACUCUUUCAUGGACUGCUAGAGUACAGAUAGCAGUUGAUGCAGCGAGAGGGAUUGAGUACAUUCACGAUCACACCAAGGCUCGGUAUGUACACCGUGACAUCAAGACAGCCAACAUCCUGCUCGAUCAAGGACUCAGGGCUAAGGUAGUAGCGGAUUUUGGGCUGACGAUGUUAGCAGAGAGAUCGAUUGAAGAAGACUUUGUUGUGACUAGAUUGAUGGGAACACCGGGUUACAUGGCUCCAGAAUGUGUGCGUGAGCUCCAAAUAACUACCAAGACUGACGUGUUUGCGUUUGGAGUGGUGCUGGCAGAGCUCAUAACUGGGCGGAAUGCAGUAGUGCACGACCACCUGCAACCCUCGGGGAUGAAGUCACUGGCCAUGACUAUGGUUAAAAUCUUCCGAGAGCAACAUCCAGAGAUGGCUCUUGAAACCAUCAUAGAUAGUAAUCUGAGAAGAAGCAGCCUAUUGCAAGACGUACACAAGAUGGCGGAGGUUUCAAGAUGGUGUCUAAGCGAAGAUCCGUUGAGCCGACCGGAGAUGGGAGAGGUAGUGCAGAUGCUGAACCAGAUAUUGAUCUCUUCCGUGGAGUGGGAAGACUCACUUGGAGGAAGCAGUCAGGUUUUUUCUGCUAUGGACAUUGGACGUUGACCAACUAGGGCUUUGUAUAUGUCAGACUCAAGAGUCUCAAGCAAUACGCUUUGUUUGCAUAUAUCAGCAGCAAUACACUAGAUGUCAAACCGGGUACCUCGGAGAUCUAGUUGGACGACAUGCUGUUUUACUGGUUUUAUCGUACUUUCUUUGUCUCUUGCUUGUGAAGGUCUCUCACAAAUGUUUGUAGCUUGGAAGUUGGAAUAUCCUAAUUAAACCGUAGCAGCUAUGUUGUUGUAGCGUGGGUUGCAUCCUGUACAUUGCAUUCCAUAUAAAGAUCUCACUGCAAUCUGUUCCU